CCGCCCACAGUGAGUAGACGGUUGGAAGGUUCCGGAAAGUUCUCGAGUCUCGGUGCAUUGUGGGAAGUUCAGAGGCGGCCGGGUUCCUAAACACAGUGACAAGAUGAUGCCCACACCUGUCAUCCUCCUGAAGGAGGGCACAGACUCCUCGCAGGGGGUUCCACAGCUCAUGAGCAACAUCAAUGCCUGCCAGGUGAUCGCCGAAGCCGUCCGCACCACCCUGGGCCCCCGCGGCAUGGACAAACUCAUCGUAGAUGACCGAGGAAAAGCCACUAUAUCUAAUGAUGGAGCCACCAUUCUCAAACUUCUGGACGUGGUUCAUCCCGCUGCCAAGACCCUGGUGGAUAUCGCCAAGUCACAGGACGCCGAGGUCGGCGAUGGAACUACAUCCGUCACACUCCUCGCUGCGGAGUUUCUGAAACAAGUGAAGAGUUAUGUGGAGGAGGGGCUGCACGCUCAGGUCAUCAUCCGGGCCUUCCGGACCGCCACUCAACUAGCAGUCGCUAAAACCAAAGAGAUUGCUGUGACAGUGAAGAAGGAUGAUAAAGCUGAACAGCGCAGCCUGCUGGAGAAGUGCGCCGCCACAGCCCUCAGCUCCAAACUCAUCGCACUCCAGAAAGACUUCUUCGCCAAGAUGGUGGUGGAUGCCGUGUUCUUGUUGGAUGACCUGCUGCAGCUUAAGAUGAUCGGCAUCAAGAAAGUGCAGGGAGGCGCCCUGGAGGACUCCCAUCUGGUGGCUGGAGUCGCCUUCAAGAAAACCUUCUCCUACGCUGGGUUUGAGAUGCAGCCCAAGAAGUAUGAGAACCCCAAGAUUGCCCUCCUGAACGUGGAGCUGGAGCUGAAGGCGGAGAGGGACAACGCAGAGGUUCGCGUCAACAAUGUUGAGGACUAUCAGGCCAUUGUAGAUGCCGAGUGGAACAUCCUGUACGACAAACUGGACAAGAUCCACAAGUCCGGAGCCAAGGUUGUUCUCUCCAAACUGCCUAUUGGGGAUGUCGCCACACAGUACUUUGCUGACCGAGACAUGUUCUGUGCUGGACGGGUUCCAGAAGAGGAUCUCAGGAGGACCAUGAUGGCCUGCGGAGGCUCCAUCCAGACCAGUGUCGGCGCUCUGACCAAUGAUGUACUGGGUCAGUGUGCAGAGUUUGAUGAGACCCAGGUGGGAGGAGAAAGAUUCAACUUCUUCACUGGCUGCCCCAAAGCCAAGACCUGCACCAUCCUCCUGAGAGGAGGAGCCGAGCAAUUCAUGGAGGAGACCGAGCGAUCUCUGCAUGACGCCAUCAUGAUUGUACGCAGAGCCAUCAAGAAUGACUCUGUUGUUGCCGGCGGUGGAGCCAUUGAGAUGGAGCUGUCCAAGUACCUGCGAGAUUACUCCAGGACAAUCCCCGGCAAGCAGCAGCUGCUCAUCGGUUCUUAUGCCAAAGCCCUUGAGAUCAUUCCUCGCCAGCUCUGUGAUAACGCCGGAUUCGAUGCCACCAACAUCCUGAACAAACUGAGAGCCAAGCAUGCCCAGGGUGGAAUGUGGUACGGCGUGGACGUGAAUAACGAAGACAUAGCGGACAACUUCGAAGCCUGCGUUUGGGAGCCAGCCGUGGUGAGAAUUAACGCUCUCACCGCAGCCUCAGAAGCCGCCUGUCUCAUUCUGUCUGUAGACGAAACCAUAAAGAACCCGCGCUCCACCGCGGAGCAGGGAGCCCCCCGUGGCAGAGGAAGGCCGCACCAGCACUAAAGACCUAGAAGGCCACAAUGUGGAAGUGUCUUCUUCUGAUGAGGGAACUGUAGGUGUGCGAUCGCUGUCUGGAUCGGCUAGUAAAGAAGGAAGCCGUAGCAUUUCAUCUGUCAACUGUAAUGGCAGAACUUGGUGUUUGAGAACCUUGACAACUGUCAAAUUGGCGAUAACAGCGUUUGUACUCCCCGCAGAACAAAGGGGCUUGUGAUGGAAAAGCAUUGAUAGGACUGUAUCCCAUAGUGAUAUCUUAUUCUGGUCCUGGAAAAAGAAAAUCUGGUUGCUCUUAACGACAUUUGCUUUUUUUUUCUUCAUUUUCCAUCACAAGGCCCAUUGUGUCUCCUCAUCCCUUCACAAUGCUCUGUAACUUUCCUGUUUUGUUACUGUAUUUAUUUUCUUUUGAACAAACGCAACAAUGAUUAAAUGCACUUCACCAAAUGAA